AUGCGUUUCACUCAGAUUCUCAACAUCCUGGCAGCUGGUUCCCUGGCUGGAAUCACUGCCGCAGCCCCCGUGGGCGAGCGCCCCGUCGAGAUCUCGGAGCGCGACGAGGCCCUGAACGCCCGGUCCACCACCGCGACGGUGACUGGCGCGCUGGCGGUCAAGUCGAUCAAUAACAAGGACGGCAAAGGAGCUGGCAAGGACUCGUACACCAUGUACACUGGCGAUGGCUCGACUGGUGCCGGUUGGCCGGCUCAGUCAGACUGGGUCUCUUUCGAGAACAUGUGGAAUGCCAACAAAGCCACGAUCGGAAAGUCGUGUGCUCAAUUCGGGGUGGCCGACAAUUCCGCCACUGAGACCCAGGAGCUGUACAACGCGAUCCAGCAGGUGGCUGAAACCUCGCACGUUGACCACCGCUUCAUUCUGGCGGUUGUGAUGCAAGAGUCGAAGGGUUGCGUUCGCGCCCCGACCUCGACGUACAGCGUCAGCAACCCAGGCCUUAUGCAAUCCUAUAAGGGCACCGGUAGCUGCAACAACGGCGGCAAGGUGCAGAACCCCUGCCCGAAGACGGAGAUCGUGCAAAUGAUCAAGGACGGAGCUAUUGGUACCAGCGACCCCGAUGGGUUUGGACUGGCGACCCUCAUAGACAAGGCUGCCCGUAGCAAUGCCGCGGGCUUCUAUCGCGCGGCAAGAAUGUACAACUCUGGCGCGUGGUCUAUUCCCUCCUCGGGCAACCUGAGCGGCGCAGGAGCUACUUCUUGCUAUGCGUCUGAUAUCGCCAACCGUCUCACUGGCUGGGUGAGUGCUGCCAGCAAGUGUGCUGCAUAA